AUGUGGACAACAGGAGAAGAAAUUUUUGUUGGUGAACAGGCUGGGCCUCCGACUAAACAUGAUUUAACAAAACUAGCCAAUGAUUCUUUUAAACUGUACAGAGAAAUGAGGGACUGUCUAAAUGUAAGAAUUUUAAAGGCCAUGGGCAAGGGUGAUUUAAGAUAUAAUGAUAGAGCUGUUUUUGGAAUAUUUGGCUACCUUUUUGAAAUUAAAAUGCUCAUAAUGUGGAAAGAUGGUGCAUAUAUAUAUGAAGAAUAUGGAUGUUUAAAUAUUGCAUCUAACCUGGAACAGAUUUCUAUGAUGAAAGAGGAUAUAUUAAGAUUACUGGAAUUUAUGAUGAUUAUUAAAAAUGAAGUAGAAAAUACCAUAACAGCAAAAUUUAAUAAUGAUACAGUACAAAUAUUAAAACGAAAAUUUAAUGAAAUUAUUCAAACGAAACCAUCACCAGAUAGUGCAGAAUAUGAUGAAGAGGAAGGAAAACUACCCAAAGAUGAAAAUAAAGUAGUUGUUGGAUAUGACGUUAAUACUUCGAGAUUGAGAAUGACGAAAUGA